GAAUACUCGAGCGGCUCGAGUCGAGCCCAGUGCGCGACGUCGCUUUGGUUUGAGGUGUCGCGGUCUACUUGGAUCGGUGUGAAAAUGUGGGAAGCAGAUUUGUUCACGGCAAUCGCUGUGGGAGCGCUCGUCCUAGCGGUUUAUCAUUACAUCGCGAAGCGGUAUCAGUACUUUCUGACAAAGCCGGUGCCAUGCGUGAAGCCGACGUUCCUGUUGGGCAGUAGCAUACCACUGUUGACCCGAGAUCGGGAUAUAUCCAGCUAUAUUCGAACGCUGUACGAUGCUUAUCCGGAUGCCAAAAUGGUGGGAUUCUACCACUUGACACAGCCCGUCUACAUGCUCCGGGAUCCGGAAACCAUCAAGACCAUAACGGUGAAGGAUUUCGACCAUUUUACCGAUCAUACACCCACGAUGGCUGGUACGAGUGAAGAGGGUAACGAAAACUCAUUACUCGGUAACACGCUGUUUGCGCUUCGAGGACAGAAGUGGCGGGAUAUGCGUGCGACGCUGAGUCCGGCCUUCACCGGGAGCAAGAUGCGACACAUGUUCGAGCUGGUGGCGGAGUGCGGUCAAUCGAUGGCGGCGUUCUUGGCCGCGGAAGCGAAACCCGGUAAGAGGCUGGAGCUGGAGAUGAAGGAUACUUUCACGAGGUUCGGAAACGAUGUGAUCGCGACGGUGGCCUUUGGGAUCAAGGUGGACUCGAUGCGGGAUCGCGAAAACGACUUCUACAUGAAGGGAAAGCAAUUGACGAAUUUCGAGAGAUUUUCGGUAAUCUUCAAGGUUAUGCUGAUGAGCGCCAUGCCUUCUUUGGCGAACAAGCUAGGAGUAGAUCUAGUUGAUGCGGAAGCCGCAAAAUACUUCACGCGAAUGAUCAUGGAGAAUAUGAAGCAACGUAAGGCGCAUGGAAUUGUGCGGAACGAUAUGAUCCAGAUAUUGAUGGAGGUUCGCAAGGGUGCUCUGAGGCACGAUGAGAGCGAAAAAGAUACAAAGGAUGCAGGAUUUGCUACCGUCGAGGAAUCGAAAGUCGGAAAAUCGACGCACUCGAGGAUAUGGAAGGACAAUGAGUUGUUGGGACAGUGCUUCAUCUUCUUUUUCGCGGGAUUUGAGACUGUGUCUACGGGUUUGACAUUCCUGACAUACGAAUUGGCACUCAAUCCGGAGAUCCAACAGCGAUUGUACGAAGAAGUUAUGGAUACUGAAUCGAACCUCGAUGGAAAGCCACUGACCUACGAAACGCUUCAGAAGAUGCAGUACAUGGACAUGGUCGUAUCCGAGAGUCUGCGCAAAUGGCCACCAGCCGUCUUGGCGGAUCGUUACUGUACGAAAGACUACCACUACAAGGACAGCGCUGGAUCGUUCGUGAUCGAGAAAGGAAAGUCUAUCUGGAUUCCUUCAAUCGCUAUUCACAACGACCCUCGAUACUACCCCAACCCAGAAAAGUUCGAUCCGGAACGGUUCAGCGAAGAGAACCGGGCGAAUAUCAAUCCGUACGCCUAUAUGCCGUUUGGAGCCGGACCGAGGAACUGCAUCGGAUCACGGCUAGCACUGAUGGAGAUGAAGCUGAUCGUGUAUUACUUGUUGCGUGAUUUUAGUCUCGAAUCCACUGAAAGGACGCAGAUUCCUCUGCGGUUGGUCAUGAAUGGAUUCAACUUGCAGAGCGAAAAGGGUGUUCGGCUGAAGUUUAAGCCAAGGUCGUUGUAAGUCGAGUUCCAAUAACUAAUACUUCAACAAAUUGGGGCAGGAAAUGAAAUAAUACAUGAAACAUUGCUACAUUCGCUAACCGAAAAUAAAGAAAUUUGUGGGAGUAAACCGUUUAUGUAUUAAGAAGUGGUGUAAAUAUAGCAGCAAAAAAUGAAA